AUGACGGAAGAGGCGGACGAGAUCCGCAGGCUUCAGGAGGCUCGCAAUGCUAGCGCCACGAAGAACAAGGUUGCAGUAGGCAAGCUGGGCGGCUACGACCAAGACAUCUAUGGGGCAGGAAAGCGCAGCGACUAUGUGCGAGAACUGCCCAUGGACGCAGCCAGCGACGACAGCGGAUCCGACAACGACAGUGGCCCAUCCACCGGCAGGAGGGCAAAUCCGCUCGAUGCAUAUUCGGCCCCUCAGCACCUGCUACACGAGUUCGCGGAUGAAGACUUGGAUCCUCUCAAGGCACGGUCAGAGUCGAGACAGGUUGCGGCACGUCAGAGCGACUAUCAUCUGCGCCGAUUCAAUCGCGAACUUGGGGAUGGAAAGGCAGUAGAUGCUUUCGCCGAGAACGGUCAGACGAAGGGAGACGAGGAGGAGAGCUACAAGGAUCGCAUGCGCAGAGCCGAGCUGGAGCGCGAGGAGGAGCGAGUGCGCCGCUUGAUCGACGCAAAGGAGAAGGAGGCCAAGGAGAAGGAGACAGAACGACCUGAUCAAGACGAAUGGGACAUCAAGCCCUCGACCUCUUCCGACAAGCCAGAAGGCGACCGCACACCCAAAGCAAGACGGAAGCGAAGAUGGGACGUGGCUGCGCCCGAGGAGGUCAAGCCAGAAACCAACGGUCACGACAUAGCAGAGGCGUCGACAGAAGCAGCACCACGCAAGAGGCGAUCUCGUUGGGAUGAGGCUCCUACAGAGUCGAAGGAGGUUACCAGCACCGCCGACCAGGACGCCGCCAAGCCAGCAGCAAAGCGCUCCCGCUGGGAUCAAGCACCAACAGGCGAGGACGCCACCGACGCCGAUCACAAACUUCAAUCCGCAACUUCGAGCGGCGCAUCUUCCGCAUCUGUCUCGGCUGUCGACCCUCGCAAUCGCUAUCUGUCCGAUGAGGAGCUCAACUCGAUCUUGCCCUCAGAAGGAUACACCAUCGUCGAGCCACCAGCCGACUAUGCUCCCGUCCGCACACCAGCCUCCAAGCUCAUGGCCGCUCCAGCACCUGAGAACGGCGGCGGGUUCAUGAUGCAGGAUGAAGGCGCAACGCGCGCUGUCCUUGAAGAGAUGAUCCCCGACUUGCCGACCGACAUCCCCGGCGUCGGACAGCUCGCCUUCUUCAAAACCGAGGAUCAAGCCUUCUUCAAGAAGAUCCUCACCGAGCAAGACGAGUCCGCCCUCAGUUCCGAGGAGCAGAAGGAGCGCAAGAUCAUGCGCUUGCUCCUCAAGAUCAAGAACGGACUGCCUUCGCAGCGCAAGCAAGCACUUCGACAGAUCUCCGACCGCGCUCGCGAUUUCGGACCUGGUCCGCUCUUCGACAAGAUCCUUCCUCUGCUCAUGGAGCGCACGCUCGAGGAUCAAGAGCGACAUCUCCUCGUCAAGGUCAUCGAUCGCAUUCUCUACAAGCUGGACGACCUCGUUCGCCCCUAUGUUGGCCGCAUCCUGGUCGUCAUUGAGCCCCUCCUCAUCGACGAGGACUACUACGCUCGAAUCGAAGGGCGCGAGAUCAUCAGCAAUCUCUCGAAAGCAGCCGGCCUCGCACACAUGAUCAGCACCAUGCGUCCCGACAUCGACCACGUCGACGAGUACGUGCGCAACACCACAGCAAGAGCCUUUGCCGUCGUCGCAUCCGCCCUCGGCAUUCCCGCCUUGCUGCCGUUCCUCAAGGCCGUCUGCCGAUCCAAGAAGAGUUGGCAAGCGCGACACACCGGUAUCCGCAUCGUCCAACAGAUUGCCAUCAUGAUGGGCUGCGCCAUCCUGCCUCAUCUUGGAUCCCUGGUGAACUGCGUGGAGAAGGGUUUGGAGGACGAACAGCAGAAGGUCAAGACCAUGACCGCAUUGGCGUUGGCCGCACUCGCUGAAGCAGCCGCUCCGUACGGUAUCGAAAGCUUCGAGAACGUGCUCAAACCUCUCUGGAUCGGCAUCCGCCAGCACCGAGGCAAGGGGCUUGCCGCCUUCCUCAAAGCCAUCGGCUUUAUCAUUCCGCUCAUGGACAGUGAUGCGACCCUUUACUUCGUCAAGGAGGUCACGCCUACACUGAUCAGGGAGUUCCAGAGCGCCGACGAGGAGAUGAAGAAGAUCGUGCUCAAGGUCGUCAAGCAGUGCGCUGCCACAGACGGCGUCACGGGAGCCUUCCUGCGAGACGAGAUGCUUUCCGAGUUCAUGAAGGGCUUCCGGACGCGACGCUCGGCUCUCGAUCGCCGCACCUACAAGCAAGUCGUCGAGACCACCGUCGAGCUUGCCAAUAAGGUCGGCGUUGCCGAGAUCGUUUCGCGCGUUGUCAACGAGCUCAAGGACGAGAGCGAGCCCUUCCGCAAGAUGGUCAUGGAGACGAUUCAGAAGGUGGUCUCGAAUCUGGGCGCAGCCGACAUCGAUGAGCGCCUGGAGAUCCAGCUCAUCGAUGGCCUCAUCUACGCAUUCCAAGAACAAACGGUCGAGGACCAGAUCAUGCUCGAAGGCGUUGCGACCGUCAUCAAUGCGCUCGGCAUGCGUGCCAAGCCAUAUCUGACGCAGAUCGUAUCGACAGCGCUGUGGAGACUCAACUCGAAGGACGCCAAGACACGCCAGCAGGCAGCCGACCUGACGACGAAGCUCGCAGUCGUGAUCAAGCAAUGUGGCGAGGACGCCCUUCUGGCGAAGCUCGGCGUCGUACUCUUCGAGCAACUCGGCGAGGAGUUUCCCGAUGCGCUUGCUUCCAUCAUCAGCGCCGAGACAGCGAUCGCCAACGUGGUCGGCAUGGCUCAGAUGAGUCCGCCCAUCAAGGACCUGCUUCCUCGCAUGACGCCCAUCCUCCGCAACCGUCACGAGAAGGUCCAGGAGGCCAGCAUCAAUCUCAUCGGCAGGAUCGCAGACAAAGGCGCCGAGUCCGUCAGCCCCCGCGAGUGGAUGCGCAUCUGCUUCGAGUUGCUCGACCUUUUAAAAGCACACAAAAAGGCCAUCCGACGAGCCGCAGUCAACAGUUUCGGUUACAUCGCUCGAGCAAUCGGUCCCUCGGACGUUCUGCAAGUCCUGACUACAAACCUUCGGGUCCAAGAGAGGCAGUCGCGUGUCUGUUCCACCGUCGCUAUCGCCAUCGUCGCCGAGACAUGCGGGCCCUUCACCACCAUUCCCGCCAUUCUCAACGAGUACCGCACGCCCGAAGUCAGCGUACGUACGGGCGCACUCAAAUCUCUUGCUUUCCUCUUUCAAUACAUCGGCGAAGCAAACAAGGACUACGUCUACUCGGUCAUCAGCUGCCUCGAGGACGCACUCACGGAUCGAGAUCACGUUCACCGCCAAACAGCCGCCAGCAUCGUCCACCAUGUUGCGCUCGGCACUUUCGGACUCGGUCACGAAGAGAGUCUAGGACAUCUCUUUAACUUGAUUUGGCCCAACAUCUUCGAGACGAGUCCGCACGUCCUCGGAUCUGUGACAUCGGCCAUUGAAAGUCUCGAGGUGGCCCUUGGACCGGGCGUUCUUCUGAAUCACACCCUUCAGGGUGUCUUUGCGCCGGCUCGAAAGGUUCGCGAAGCGUAUGUACGCAUCCUCAACACCACAUACUUGCGCAGCCAAGACGCACUCACAGCGUACUACCCGUCAUUCGAUGCCCUCUCGACCGAACGCAACGACUACUGUAGGCACGCGUUGUCCUCCUUCAUCUAG